AGUUCGAAAAAAACUUAACCUACAAAAAAAUGUUCUGUGCGAUGUGUUUUCAUUAAUUUUCCAGAAACAGUGAAAAUACGAAAGAAAAAUGUCUGGAUUUCUUCUAAAUAGCAUAAGACAAUCUCUGCUAUUGUCUCCUAAAAAUUGCCCAACAUCCUUGGCAGCUGCCCUUCCGGGAGGAAUUUUGGAGCAAAAAAGAUACAGCAAACACUGGAAGCCCGAAUUUAAAUGGUUGCGCAUGAAAAAGGUGAUUAAAAUCAAAAUUCCCAAUUUGAAUGAGAAACCGGAAGAUUUGUCGUCAGAUGAGAUGAAAAGUCGCCUCAGGGAACGAGGAGUUCUACCUCCGCGUCCCUGGCUUGAGCGUCCCUUCUACAUCAGUUGUACAGGUGGAAUAUUUGAGCCAUACGUUCCCCCUGAGGGUGAUGGAAAAAUGUCCUCAAUCACAAAGGAGGGUGCUAAGCAAAAAUUUGAAUUCAUUGAGAAGAAAUCAAAGAGUAUGAUGGCUCUGCGAAAGAUCCGGCAGUUUGAGGAAGACUUCGAUGCCCCAGUGUUCUGCAAGGAAGCUCAGGAUAUCUACAUUAAAAUACACGAGUUAAUGAUGAAUAGGGAAAAGUACAAGAUACGAGAAUACCUGACAGAACGAGCCUAUCCGGAAGUAAUGCACAAUACGCGAGACAAAACGAUUCACUGGAAGUUCCUCAAAUCAUUGGAUUAUCCCAAACUCGUACAUGCACGAUGUACCGAAAUGAUAAGCAAAGAUAAUAUCUUCGCUCAAGUCACUGUUCGCUUUCACACGCAGCAAAUCCUUGCAAUUUACGACAGAUUCGGUCGACUUCUUCACGGUAGUGAAAUCCUGGCCAAGGAUGUGCUGGAGUAUGCUGUUUUUGAAAAGCAUCUCUCCCAUGAAUAUGGAAAGUGGCGCCUUCAUGAGAAAAUAAUCCCUGACUGGAUGCCUGCCAAGGAACCAGGUCCAGUGACCUAUCGCGUGGACGAUACUCCGCCUCCUGUGCCGGAACCCACGCAAGAGGAAGCCACUGACUCUGUAGCAGUCACUUCAUCAGCAGACGGAGGGAAACAAGUAGCCACGGCGUAAAUUAGUAUAUUGUAUAAUUAUUUUAUUUGAUAUAAAAUAUAGAAUAUCCAUAUAGAA